AUGUCUGAAGCAUUGUCCGGGCCCAAUCAGCAACUUCUGGUUCUGAAAGGUAGACAUUUUUUUCUCUUUUAAUUUUAAAGAAAAGACGUUCCAAAUGGUUUUUCGAGCGUAGAAAACGCUGGAUAACUCACAGCAGUUCACACCUACAGGGACCCGUCCGGUCUGCGCUGGUCAUACUAGACCAUUUUCGAUAAUUUUUUCUAAUUAAUAAAAUGAACAAGGCAAUUUCCGACAUUAAUAGAUAAAAAAUUGAAGAUAAAAAACUUUUUAUUCACUAAAGACGCAUUUCCCAAAUUAGGCCAUUUUUUGAGGCUUUCUAGCAUUUGCAAAAAUUAAUUGUAAGAACUUAUGCCGUGUUCAAAGUAAUUUCCGCGAAAUGCAAAAUACCCGUUAGAGAAAGAGAAAGAUAACUAAAUUUUGGAGAGUCAGAGAUCAUUUUGCAUUUCGCGGAAAUUACUUUGAACACGGCAUUAAUUUGUAUCAUUGAAUGUUUUGAUUGUGUUUUUCUUCAAAUUUGCUCAUUUUUUCGUACAAAAAAAACUCGCUAUUAACAAAGAUAUCGCCGAAAAACCAUUAUUGGUGUAUGCACAAGUUGAACAUACAGUGUGCCAAAUCGGACGGGCUGAACAGAUGUCACGCAUGUUUAAGACAGUGCUACGGCGGCCGGUCAAUAUUGCGCCGUCAGUUUCGGAGACAGGAAAUUUUUUAAAUUUUUUUCUUUUUUUCCAAUUUGUUAAGGACCUAUUUUUCGAGGUUACAAGAUAAUUUACGCCACAAAAAGUACACAAAUUUUUAUUUUAUUACCAAAAAACCUAGCUUGAUUACCGUAAUACGACCGGUCGCCUUGAACAUGCGUGAUGUGAAUUGGGAGUUUUUUGGUGGCUUGUCACGAUUUUAUUUUUUUCCGAGCUAGUUUUUUUUCAAUUGCGACUUUUCGAUUUUUUCGUAACGCUAAGGAACUUUUUGACGAAGACGUUUGCGACGAAUGCUUUCUCGAUACCUUCCACGAUUUGAAUUUUUAUAAAGCGUUAUAUAGUAAGGACAGAUAACAAAAAUAUCUCGAAAAUUAUGUGCCCAAACCGAGAAAAAUUAAGAGACGAAAAUACAGAAAAGGUCAGGAAAAAAUUAGUUGAAAAUUUCGUCGUCGAAAAUCUCUAGCGCAGUGAAAAUUCGAAUAAGUCGUCUUCGGAAAAAAAAGCCGCUAUAUUCGAUUCGCAUCAGUUACUGAUUGGAUUUAAUAAAAAUUUGAAACCAGUGAAACUUUUUUGUCUAAAACAGGAAUUCAUUGGGACUUUUUCAUGAUUUGAAGGUAGGAGUUUCGAAGAACUUCCUAUGAAGUUAUGAGAGAUGUCACGUAUGAGCUCUAAAAAAAUUUCAAAUUAACGAGGAGGAAGGCUUUUUAGUGAUGCGCUUGGCAAGAGCUAAGUUGGCAGCAGUAGACGCGGUUUCUGUGGAUCCUGUAGAUCCCGCAGGAUACGGCAGUUUGAUAGAGGAGGGUAUGGCACAGAAAACCGGUGAAAGAAGAUUCGAUUUGCCGAUAGGAGAUUUCAUGAUAGCGCCACAGAUGUUCGAGUAAGUUUUUUAAAUAACAGUAACGUUUUUAUUUCCGAAAGCGGGUGAUUAAUUAAAUAUAUUUUCUGGAUGGAUGGUCAGUUUGUUAAUUUUAGAAAUAUCUAUUUGGGAGAAACUUUCACUUUCUAUGUUAACGUCGUGAAUGAAAGCGAUCAGCGCGUCUCAAACGUUAAUGUCAAGGUUUUGGUUUUUUGUAAUAUUCAUUUCCUUUCCUAUCCAGUGCGAGCUUCAAACGGCGUCUCAGCGAGUGCAGUUGCCUUGUAAUCUUCAAGAUGUCCAAUUGUCCGCAGAUGAUUCGGAAGGCCAAAUAAUAAGUCACGAAGUAAAGGAAAUCGGUCAGCACAUGUAAGAUUUUUGCAUUUUUAAUUUCAAAUAGACCAGUUUCGUUUUUUCUUCAUUGGAUUUCUGAGGAUCAAGCCUUCUUGGUUUUGAUUGAUUCUAGCAGUAAGGAACUUGAGAGAGUGGUUGCUAUAGCUACUUAAUCCUUUUGUUUGCCUUUUCACGUCGAUUCAUGGAUGAUAAUUCAUUUUGCAGUUUGAUUUGCGCUGUCACCUAUAAAACGUCUACUGGAGAGAAUAUGUACUUCAGAAAGUUUUUCAAGUUUCCAGUCACAAAGCCGAUCGACGUCAAAACAAAGUUUUAUAGCGCUGAGGUUAGUAGGGGUCCGAAAAUUUUUUUUUUGAAUUCUUAAACUUGUUUUUUUUUAAUUUCUGAUUUUGAAGCUUUGUGCCAGUGUUAUUAACACUAACUAGGGUAUGGUCUCCCCUGAACAUCGAGUUGAGAAUUGAGACUAUGUGGGUUUGAUAGGCCUGGGUAAAUUCUCGAACUCAAAAAUAAAAUUCUGCUAAACCCCUGCAGGCAACCGAGGAAAAGCUCGUCGAAAUUUUUCCCAGCGCGUAUAUGGCAGAGCUCGGAGCCUCCGGCUAGCAACUGGCGGCGUGGGGUAGUGGUAGUGGUCUCCCGCAGAUUGUCAAUAUUGGGACCAGGGUUCGAAUCCUUUUGGCGGAUAUCAUUUUUGCCGACUUAUAAUUUCAUCAUUUUCACAUUUUUUUGAGAAACUUUUCAAAUAAUUACACUAAAAAUUUUUUUGAAAAAUGACAAUUUAAAAAAAUUUAUGAUUGCAAAAAAACCCUUUUCUCUACUUUUUUUCUGUACACUGGCGGAUGGAAACAAUCUGAUCGAGAAAAAAAUUCGAAAUUUAAAAACUCAGGAGGCAAACUAUUUUUCUGCGAGUUUUGAAAUAAUACGGAAUCAAGUGGUUGUAAUUAGCCUUGUAAACUCCAAAAAAAUUUUUUUAUAAUGAGUUUUUGCAAUCAGUAAAUUUUUUAUUGUCAUUUUCUUGAAUUGUUAGUGUGGUUUUUUGAAAAAAUUUCUCAAAAAUAAGAAAAUGAUGAAGUUAUAAGUCGGCCAAAAAUGAUAUCCGCCAAAAGGAUUCGAAUCCUGGUCCUAGUCGAAGGCUCCGUGCGCGGCCAUACGCACUGGGAAAUUUUCGACGAGCUUUUCCUCGGUUGCCUGAGGGGUUUAGCAGAAUUUUAUUUUUGAUUCCGAGAGCUCUUACCCAGGGCUAUCAUACCCACAUAGUCUCAAUUCUCAAUUCGAUGUUCAGGGGAGACCAUACCCUAGUAAGGCUGCAUGUUUUUCAAAGAUUUAAAAGUGGUAUAAAAGUUUUAAGGUGAGUGUUUUAAAUUUCAAUAGAUCAACAAUUUUGACACUGAGUUAGCCAUGUUUUUUUUUCAUUGGAAUAGUUCAUAUGAAAUAAAAGUAGUUAAUUAGGCGCAGAGUUGUUUUUUGGGUUUAGGAUGUGUUCGAUAUUGUUUUGGCCAUAAAAGGUAGAAAAUUAUACUCAGUUUAUACCUUUGAAGUGUAUUUCAAACUUUUAGAACAGGAAAUGGUCAUAGUGAUCAUUUAUUACUAAUUUUUUGAUGAAAACAAGUUGUCAGAAUAAAAGAAAACACUUUCUGAAACUUUCUUCUUGCAUGCGUGCUUUCCGUGGUGCCUGAUGUGUCUCAAUUGACUUCAGGACAAUGCAGUGAGUUUUUGUUUUGUUUUAUUGAAAUUCUUCAUAUAAUCAAAUAUGUAAAGAUGGCUUGGCUUUGAAUGUUGCUAUGAAGCGAAGAGACUCAAACCAUGAACGUUAUAUUCUUUCAUUUUGAUAUGUUAAUUUUUUUUCCUUUCGUUGGUUAGAUUACCGUGAGAAACCGUAUUUCUUCAUAUUGGAAUGGCUUCGACAUGUUUUGUUUUUAUUUUUUAAAUGACUACCAAAGUUAGUCACUAAUACUGUCCAGUACAAUUAUAUAAAAAUGAUCAUAUACCUAUAGCUGCCUUUUAAUCAAAUUUUUAUUCUUUUGAACUCCUCGAUCGCUCUGAAUUAACGUUUUUUAUCAUCUCAGAACCAAGACGUUUAUUUGGAAGCUCAAAUUGAGAACACUUCCAAUAUCGAAAUGUUCUUGGAAAGAGUCGAGCUUGAACCGAGCAAACACUACAAAGUGACUAAUAUUAAACACAGGUUUGAACUGCGAAUCAGACUGAGCUAUAAAUCAAGAAAUGAAGAACAGAAAACAAAGUGUGCGGAUCUGCUCUUCGACCAAAAGAUAUACGCCAAUUCCUUUUCUGUCUGUCACCUGUCGAUGCCCAGAAUACUUUGGGGUAGGGUCUCAGUUUGUCUUGAGAAGUUUAAUAAGAUUUCAGUUACAAAGAUCUCACGAGUAUAGGGAAGCUUGACAUGUCUUGGAGGACGAGCAUGGGCGAGCGAGGACGUCUUCAGACAAGUCCUCUGCAGAGAAUUGUUUGUUUCAGAGACGCUUUUGAUGAAAAAUAAGAAUGAAAAAAAGGAGAGAAAGAGAACUUGAUUUUAUGAUGCCAAAAUAUUGACGUGGCUGUUUUUAUGUCUGUUACUACUCAGUUUUACCGUGAUUUUUUACUUUAAAUGCGAAAAUUGUCUAAAAAUAUUCAGUUUAGUUGAUUUUUAGGCUCCAGGUUAUGGAGACGUUCGACUUUCUAUCGAAGAAACACCGGCCUGUGUACCAGUCAGAACGCCAUUUCAAAUACUCUGUCGUCUUUAUAACUGCUCGUAAUAUAUUUUGAGGCCCACAAGAAUUCAGCUAAGAACUUUGAGCUCCUCUAAUAGGAAAGAUGUUUUAGCUCAGGACAUCUGAGCUCGCAGAAAAAAAAUCGCGAGAAAAAAUAGUUUUACUUUUUUCAUUUAGUUUUUGCUGAUUGUUUUUUUUUUUGUUAUUCUUAUAACCAAAACAGAAAAGAAAGAUACGUUGAAACGCGUUAAGAUAUAAAAUUUAUCGUAACCGAACUUUUAUUUUAUAGUAUUCGUUACGAAAAAAUUAAGAAAUUUCUUCUUUUUUUUUAGUUAUAAGGAGCACUAAGAUAGAUGAUAAAAAAGAAAUUUUUCAAAAAUAUUUUUAUGCUAUAUUUCAGAGAUUUCGAACGUUAACAUAUUCCAGGGAACGAUCGCUAGACCUCCAAUUGCGACUCGACCAAGUGGAAAACAAGCAGUUGGUCUUUUGCACUCCUUCAGGGACAACUUUGGGACAACUGGCGCCCUCACAACAUGUCGAUUUCAAGCUAGACGUUUUCCCUGUGACGGUGGGAUUCCAGGUUCGUCUUUUUGUUCAAAAAAGUUUUUGAACAAAAUUUCUUUUUCGAGAACGUUUUCUGAAAUAAAAAAAGAUUUUGCAGUCGAUUUCUGGGAUUCGAAUAACGGAUGGCUUCACCAAGCGCACAUAUGAACAUGAUGAUAUUGCCCAAGUUUUCGUUUCGUAA